AUACAAGCAAUCGGCCUGUCGUGCGGCCUCAUUUUGUUUUCCAUCAUCUCCUUUCCUCUAAGUCUGGUGUUGAUUACAACCACCUUUCGAAUUUUGUUUUGUUGCAUGAUCAUUGAACAUUUUCUUUUUCACACGCCAUCCUUGGAGGCAGCAGCGAAAGCUUGAGAACAUCUGGGAUAAGUUGGUUUGAGCACGUUACCAAGAUGACGCUCUACUACACCCUUGUUUUCCUCAUCCUCAUGGUGGAGAUGGCUAUUUUCAUGGGCCUUAUUGUGCCCCUUCCCUUCACAUGGAAGCGAAAGCUGUUUACUUUUAUAUCUGAAAGCCCUGUCAUUGCCAAAUUGCAGUAUGGAAUGAAGAUUACCUUCAUUUUCAUCCUCAUCCUCUUUAUUGAUAGCGUUAACCGUGUGUAUCGUGUCCAAAUCGAGCUAUCCGCGUACUCUAAGGAUGCAGUUGGCGCUGGAAUUAGAGCUGGUGCUCUGGGCUCCGAACGGAUGGAGGUUCAGGCUCGAAAAUUCUAUUCCCAGCGUAACAUGUACCUUUGCGGCUUUACCCUUUUCCUCUCCCUUAUCCUGAACCGCACGUACACUAUGAUUCUUGAAAUCCUUCGUUUGGAGGAUAGAGUCAAGCAGUUGGAGGGCAGUAAGAAGGCAGGUGGCGAGGAUUCGGCACGCCUAGCCGCUGCGGGAGAUAUGGGCGAAAUUGGUCGUUUGAAGAAGGAGCUCGCAGCCCGGGAGAAGGACCUCGAAGCAUUAAAAAAGCAAAGUGAGGGUCUGUCAAGAGAGUACGCCGACCUGAGCGAUAAAUACGCUCAAGAGCAUCCCGACAAUACUCCUAAGAAAGAGCGGUAAAUUGGCUGGCCUGGACAUUGCAUCCUUUUGCUCUUUCCAGUAGGCAACCCUCGAUCGUUUCAAGGCUCCCUUCUCUCUCCUCCGAGGCUCCCCGCACGCACGCCUCGUUCGUGAACGCUACGGUGUUACCAAGGAAAAUAUUCGCGGAAACGAAGAAAGAAAUCACUGUCACCAAACUCCUGCUCGUCUUUUAAUACCAUGGAUGUAGCGAGACCUUCAAAAAUCGCGAAAUGCGUGAUCAAUAGCUAGUUGAAUGUGUUAUUUCAUUAUUUCUGAAUAAUUAA